UUAGGCGCGCACGUGCUUCCUCUUGUUGCAGAAAGAAGCUGGCGGCGCGUGCAGUGCACAGAGUGCUGGCUGGGAGCUCGAGAGUUGUGAUUGGUGUGUCUGCUGGAAGUUUGCUGCACUCUGCUGCUCUGAUCCGUUGGAGACCCACCUGCACUGACUGCUUCUCUUUGGCGGGUCGUGCCGUGAUUUCCUUCACAAAGCCCCCUUUGCUGCUCCAGACAAUGGAAGGGAUGGAGCCUGAAGGCUCCCCGGCCAGGGUAGUGGAGAAGCGCCCCUGUCCAGAGGAGGAGAACCCCUGCCCAGGGAGCGCCAAAAAACCCAAACUGCAGGAGUCUGAGAAUGGGGGGAGUGAGAAGAGAAAGGAGGAGGAGGAGAUGCCUGUGGAGGAGGAGAGUGAGGAAGAUGAGCUGGCAGGGCAAGGACAGGGAGGAGAAAGCUUUGCUGACAUGAUGAAGCACGGACUCACAGAGAAGGACGUUGGGAUACUGAAGUUCGUCAGCAAACAUGAGGGCUUCUCUGGGAUCCUGAAGGAGAGGUACUCAGACUUUGUGGUCCAUGAGAUCAGUAAAGAAGGCACAGUUUUGCAUCUGGACGACCUGUCUGUGCCUGUGGAUUCAGAGGACCCUCCUCUGGAUGUGUCAGAGGUGCUGACUGAGGAGCAGAAAAAGCAGCUGGAGGAUCUGCAGCAGUUCAAGAAUAAGGAGGGCACUGUGUCCCUGGAGGUCUUGGAGGACACUAAAGAGAAGCGCACUCUGCUGCAUCAGGCAGUGAAGUCUCUGUUCCCUGGGCUGUGUGUUCUGAAGACAGUGGAGCUCUCUGGACGCAGGUUCAUUGUGGCCUACCAUGCUGCCGGGAAGAAAGCACUCGCAGAGCUCCGAACUGCACCAGCCCCCAGGAAGCACUCGUGGCCCAAGAGCAGAGGGAAUUUCUGCCACUGCACCCUCUACAAGGAGAACAAGGACACCAUGGAGGCCAUCAACGUGCUCUCCAAGUUCCUCAGAAUAAAGCCGAACCUCAUUUCCUACAUGGGAACCAAAGACAAAAGAGCGAUCACCGUCCAGAGGAUUGCUGUGCAAAAGAUCACUGCUCAGAGACUUUCUCACCUCAACACGUGCCUGAUGAACUUCAAGCUAGGGAACUUCUCCUACCAGAAACACCCCUUGAAACUGGGGGAGCUGCAGGGAAACCACUUCACUGUGGUGAUCAGGAAUAUCUCCGGGUCGAAUGAGCAGGUGGAGCUAGCUAUGGUCUCACUGCGGGAGACGGGAUUCAUCAAUUACUACGGCAUGCAGCGCUUCGGGACCACUGCGGUGCCAACCUACCAGGUCGGGAGGGCCAUCCUGCAGGGCAAUUGGAAGGAGGUGAUUGAUUUAAUCCUGAAGCCCCGACCUGGAGCUGAGAAGGGGUACCUGGUGCAGUGUCGUGAGGAGUGGGCUCGCUCUCAGGACCCCGAGGCUGCGCUCAGGAAGCUGCCGGUGAAGCGAUGUGUGGAGGGGCAGCUGCUGCGCGGACUCUCCAGCUACGGGAAGAACAACAUCAUCGCUGCGUUCGGCAUCAUCCCCAGGAACAACCGGCUGAUGUACAUCCACAGCUACCAGAGCUACUUGUGGAACAACCUGGUGAGCCGGCGCAUUGAGGAGUUCGGGCUGAAGGCAGUGCCGGGGGACCUGGUGCUGAGGGGAGCGACGGCGGAGCCCCUGUCAGAGUCAGAGGUUGCUGACUACUCCAUCCAUGACGUGGUGAUGCCUCUGCCUGGCUUUGAUGUCAUUUACCCCACACACACGAUUGGGGACGGCUACAAAGAGAUGAUGGAGGCAGACAACCUGGACAUCAACAACAUGAGGCACAAGAUCCGCGACUACUCCCUCUCCGGAGCGUACCGCAAAAUCAUCACCCGCCCGCAGGAUGUCAGCUGGGAGGUGAUCUCAUAUGAUGAUCUCAAGAUCCCGCUGGUCCACACCGACGUUGAGAAGCUGGAAGGGAAGCUGCCUCCUGUGUACCCUAAAGAAGGGAAGUACCGCGCGCUGCGGAUGGAGUUCUCCCUGCCCCCCUCCUGCUACGCCACCAUGGCGAUCCGCGAGGUUCUGAAGAUGGACACAAGCAUCAAGAACCAGACGCAGCUCAACACUGUGUGGCUGCGCUGAGGCUGGCUGCAGGCAGGGUGCUGGGCACUCUUACACUGUGUGUGUGUGUGCACUGGGGUGGAAGUGACUCCCACUGCACAGCAGUCUGAUCCAUUCCUGGUUUU